AAUGAAAAUCAGCCAUAAUCUUGUCUGUGGAGUGUGUAUAUAAAGGCUUCUGCGGACAUGAGACCCAACCUGGUGGAUAACCUCAUACGAGAAAUUCAUCACUGUUGCUACUUUGACUCAAAACACACAUACAGAAUGGGAUUCUCUAAGGUGGCCCUGCUGGUGGUCCUUCUGUCCUGCGUAGAGCGCUGUCUGUCUGCCUCCUGUGUCGUUGACAGCUUCACUGUCAAGCAGGACUUCGACCCCAAGAGGUAUGCAGGAAAGUGGUAUGCCCUGCAGAAGAAGGACCCAGAGGGCCUGUUCCUGCAGGACAACAUCUCAGCUGAGUACACCAUUGAUGAUGAUGGCACCAUGACCGCCUCCUCCAAAGGACGUGUCACUCUGUUUGGCUUCUGGGUUGUGUGUGCUGACAUGGCCGCCCAGUACUCCGUUCCUGACCCCACAACCCCUGGCAAGAUGUUCAUGAACUACCAGGGACUGGCCAGCUACCUGUCCAGUGGAGGCGACAACUACUGGGUGAUCGACACCGACUACGACAACUACGCCAUCACCUAUGCCUGCCGCACCCUGCGGGACGAUGGGAGCUGCGAGGACGGCUACGCCCUCGUCUUCUCCAGGAACCCCCGCGGCCUGCCCCCCGCCAUCCAGCGUGCCGUCCGCCAGAAGCAGGAGGAGAUCUGCAUGGCUGGACAGUUCCAACCUGUCUUGCAGUCUGGAGCCUGCUAGACACACACACACA